CACAAGCGAACGUGAUCGUAUAUAUUUGCAAAAAACGGCAGCUCGCUCGGCGUGUGCUUGUCAGUGCGCCACAAGUAGUGCUACUCUAAGUACGGUAUUUCCUGUAGUUGGUGCCCGGCAAACGGUGAUUCGCUUUGUCAGUACCAAAAUUAAAAAAUAACAUCUAAAAAUGAUCCGUUCUUUGUGCAAAUUGCAGUCCAAGGUUGUUGGAAAAAUGGCUGUCAAUGUCCUAUUCAGGGGCUUGGCUACCGAAUCGCCAGCUAGAAUGGAAGACUAUUUCAAAGACAAGCGCUUCAUCGUUACGGGAUCUUGUACCGGCAUGGGACAUAAAAUCACUGAAAGGUUAUUAGACUUAGGGGCAUUUGUCUUUGCAGUAGUGCAAAAAGAAGAAGGUGCUGCUCCUCCAACAAGCUCAAAUAUGAAGCAAGUAUUUUGUGAUGUUUCCGACUGGGAAAAUACUUAUAAGAAAAUGAAAGACAUUGGUCCAGUCCAUGGCUUAGUAAACAAUGCAGGUGUAGCUGUAAUCGAACCAUUUUUCGAUGUGACUGAAUAUGGUUGGGAUAAGACAUUGAAUGUAAAUGCUAGAGCCAUUGUAAGAAUAAGUCAGGCUGUAGCAAAAAAUAUGAUUGAUGCUGGUAUCAAAGGAUCAAUAGUUAAUAUUUCUUCAACUAUAUCAACGCGAGCCAUUCCAGAUCAUACUACUUACUGUGCUUCAAAAGGAGCUGUUAACCAAAUUACUAGAACUAUGGCUAUUGAACUCGGAAAAUUUGGAAUACGAACUAACAAUGUGAAUCCAACAGUUGUAAUGACUCGAAUGGGUAAAAUUGCCUGGUCCGAUCCAGCCAAAUCUACACCAAUUUUAAACCGCAUUCCAUUAGGAAGAUUUGCCGAAACUGAUGAUGUUGCAAAUGCAGUAAUUUUCAUGUUGAGUAAUUACUCUAGCAUGGUAAAUGGGACAGCUCUUGUGGUCGAUGGUGGAUUUUUAUCUGGUUAGACUUAUAAAAUCCUAGGAUGAUAUUUUAGUAAAUGAUUUACUAUAAAAGCAUUCAUCAAUAUUUAUCCACAUGAAUUUAAAUAUUGUUCUCAUGUUCAUUUUGGACAUAAAAAAUACUACAUUUAUUUGUUAUUUUCCAAAGCAUAAUAAUGUUAUUUAAUUUUAUACAUAGAAUUAUAUCAUUCA